AUGCAGCAGGCCAGGACCCCUGAUGGGGUGUCUGUACACUGCAGCACCUGCCGGCGCACUCUAGGCCACCCUCGCCAGCAGCAGCACCAGCAGCAGCAGCAGCGCCACCGCCACCACCAGCAGCAGCACCAGCAGCACCACCAGCAGCAGCAGCAGCAGCGGUACCGCCACCAGCAGCAGCAGCAGCAGCAACAGCAGCGCCACCGCCACCAGCAGCAGCAGCAGCAGCAGCAGCAGCAGCAGCAGCGCCACCGCCACCAGCAGCAGCAGCAGCAGCAGCAGCGCCACCGCCACCAGCAGCAGCAGCAGCAGCAGCAGCAGCAGGAUGGGGAGCGUGUACGGGUGUCUGCCGCUGCACCUGGCGAGCAGCAGCAGCAGCAGGUGGCGGCGGUUCCUGCGGCGCUGCAGCAGACCCUCGCAGCUGGACAUACAGUACAGUGCAGCACAAGGGAAGUUGCUGCUGACGAAUCCGAGCCGUCUGUACAGCCUAGCAGCGCUGCGGCAGAAGCAGCAGCAGUCUUGCGCGCGCGAAGAUCCUGCGUUUUUGCUGCUGCUGCUGCUGCUGCUGCUGCUGGCUGGCUGCUGCCUGCUGCUUACUGCUGCCACAGCAGGUGGGCGCAGCCUCCGGGUGUACAGACACCCGAGCGCCCCACAGCAGCAGCAGCAGCAGCAGCAGCAGCAGCAGCAGCGGGGAACUUCGACUUUGCGUUUGCCUUUGACCUGCACUGCAACGGCUUCUUUGUGUACGCGGUGUACACGCAGGUGCUGCCGCUGCUGCUGCAGCCGCUGCUGCUGCUGCUGCCGCUGCUGCUGCGGCGGUGGACUGCAGCAGCGCUGCACUGCUACGGGGUUUGCUGCUACGCCUAUGUGUCAGUUUUGGGGUAUUUGGCUGCAGACACAGCCCCCGCAGAAAAUGCUGCUGCAGCAGCAGCAGCAGCAGCAGCACCGCCUCUGGCUACUGACCUUCCUUUGCACUAA